CGGAUUGGUUUUGUGAUUGUGAUGUGAAUGUGAAUGAAUUUCUGUAUUAAACACAUCAUUGUAUUUGUACACACAAUAUUUUAUUAGCUUCUCGAUCGAUUGUUUUUACAGCUAUUAGGAUUCAUGUUAUUUUAGAAUAGUUUGUCAUUAUGUCGCUUUCGCGGACAGACUAUGUUUUUGAGCCAUUUAAGGUUACUGAAGUAAAAUAUCGAGGUUCUGACUGGCCUAGACCACGAAGCGGCCAUAGGAUAGCGUGCGACGAUGCAAACAUUUAUUGUUUUGGGGGUUACAAUCCAUCUUUGCCAUUAUCAAACUUACAAAGGGAUAAUUCAACGUGGAGUCCAGCGCGACCUCUUUUCAAAGAACUCUGGAGUUUCUCAAUUGCUAGUCGAAAAUGGAAGCAACACAAAGUAGUAGAGAAUAUGCCGGAAGAAUUAGCUUCUAAUGCUAUGUGUAUGAAUGGCAGAUUUUUAAUGAUAUUCGGUGGCACGGGUGCACCAUUUGGCAACAGAUGUAGUAAUGAUGUAAUUGUAUGGCGGACUUGUCCAGGGGAUGCAAGAUUGCAGGUCCUGGAUGUGACUGGAAUCAGACCACCAGGGUUGUAUGGUCAGGCAAUACUAUGCCAUGAUGGAUUUUUCUAUACUAUUGGUGGGACAAAUGGUUUCGCAUACAACUGUGAUAUUUAUAGGUUAGACUUGAGGACUAUGAUUUGGGAACAAGUCUUUGUUGGCUCUGGUCAAGAAGGUGAGCCUAUAGGAAGAUACAGGCAUGAAGUAGUCCGAGUAGACAAUAAACUUUAUAUCAUUGGAGGUGGAACUGGGGAAUGGGCAUUUGAACUGAUGGAACUGCCAAUGUAUGAUCUCGAAACAAAAACAUGGAAUAUCUUAACACCAAAAGCAGAUGACACCAUAAAAGACAGUCCAGCACCAUUACCAAGAAAAUGUCAUAGUGCAGUCCAAAUAGAUACACCAAAUGGUGUUCAAGUGUUUGUAGCAGGUGGCUCAGAUGGUCAAGCAAUUUUUGAAGACAUAUGGAGGUUAAAUUUACCAGAUCUCCAGUGGCAUCUUAUGCAAAAGACAGUAUUGCCAAAUCCUUUAUACUUUCAUUCGUCAACAGUGACUUCAUAUGGUUGCAUGUAUGUUUUUGGUGGUAUAGAACCUAAAGAGGAUGCUUCAAGCCGUAAUAAUAUACUGUAUAAAGUGUGGUUGUGUAUACCAAAGCUUAGUGAGAUUUCUUGGGAGGCUAUGCUUAAUUUUCAUCCAAAUUUAGAUCAAGUAGGAAGAAGAACUCUUUUAAAUAUUGGUAUUCCCAUUCACUUUGUGAACAGAUUACAUCCAGAACCUAGUUAAUUC